AUGUCGGGGGAGCUUCAGACUAUACCUGCGCGCCAUGGGGCUGCGACUUUUGUGCCACGAGGGAGGACGAUCAAGGUUAUUAAUACGUAUGGGAAGCAGGUAGUCAGUAUGUGGGCUUUUACUCUGGGUCCACCGCCUGAAGAGGGGGAGGGGGAGGAGUUGAAUGAGGAGGAAGUUAAGAAGGAGGCAGAGGAAAUAAAGAGGGUGGUUGAAGAGGGCGAAAAGCAGGAGAAUGAGAGUGAAGAGGGUAAAGGUGAAGAGAAGAAGGAAAGUGGAGAGGGCGAAAGCGAAGAGAAGAAGGAGGAGAAGAAAGACGGCGGGAAGGAGACACAGUCGAGUGAGGACUCCACCAGUGGAAGUCAAGACACUCAAACUCCGUCCGAAAAAGCAUCCGAUACCCCCGAGAACGAGAAGACGACGGAGUCGACCGACUCACCAUCCAAACAACCCGCUAAGCGCACUUGGGCGUCUUACCUCCCUUCGAUUCCCUACCGCAACAAAGGCGCAGCGAACAAGCAAGAGGCGGAACAAAAGCCCAGUGCCGAGCAAGUGAAGAAACAGAACGAGGAGAAUACUAAGAAAUGGUCUUCAUAUCUACCCACAGGCAAGAGUUUCUCAAGCUACGUACCCAACGUCGAAGUUCCAGACUCCAAGUCUGUCAUAAGCGCAUUCAAGUCAAGUCACUACCGAGACCCAAACAAGAGUUAUGCAGAGCAACUGUACGACUUUUCUAAGACACCUGUGGGCGCGGGAACAAUGGCUGCUGCCACUGGCUCCGGCUACGCAUCCUCUGUCUACGCCGCCUACUCAGCCUACACCUCGAUGCAUCCCUCCAACUCCUCCCAACCCCCCAUGGAAUACCUCUCCCUCCCGCACACCCGCACCGCCUCGCACAAACUCGUCCCAGAAGUCAACGACGAGCUGCUAACCAACCUCCGCAACCCCAUCCUAACUCUCAUCGAAGACACCUCCCCCGGCGCCCACGACACCCUAACCGCCGCCUGCGACGCCAACCAGUACGCCGCGCUCGGCAUCGACAAGCCCGCCGAACACGGCAGCUGCGCCGAGAACCUCGUACUCGCCCUCAAAGAAAUAAACGAGACGUCUGGCCUCAAAGGCGCAAAAGCAGUGGGUGCUGAUAUCACGGUUAACAUUGCGCCUACGCCGCUUCACCUUUUUAUGAAUGCGCCGCUGCAUGCUGAGGGCGAUAUUCAUGAUGAUGGAGCGGGCGCAAAGGGUGUCACGCUUAGUGUUGAGGAGCCACAGGGAAAGAAGAGGUGCUAUGUUAGGUUUAGGGCUGAGCGGGAUGUCGUGGUGGUGUUUAGUGCUUGUCCGAUGGAUGUGGGCAAGCAGAAUGGGGGGAGAUGUAUGGCAAGUAAUUUCAUGGUGGAGGAGGUUAAGGAAGGAGAGGAUAAGGCGGGGACAGGGGUGCAGGACAAGAAAGAGGAAGGGAAGGGGGAUGUAGGGAAAGGGGGAGAGAGGGAGAAGGCGAGUGAGGAGCCGAAGCCUAAGAAGAAGCCGAAGAAACUUGAGGUGAGGAGUCAGUCUACUGCUCCUGCGUCGUCGUAACGAGGUGUUUAAUAGUGUAGUUUAAUAUUUCUUUUGAAUUCUUUUUUCACAUUCGUGUUUUGUUUUAGCGAAGGAUUAUUAUAAGACAACACUAGAUUCAUGUCAAUUACACAUCGAGCCCAAUGUAAUCAGUUCACCCC